CCCUGUAGCUUCAAUUUGUUCUGCCAAUUAUUAUCCCCCGCUCUGCCACAGUGAUGGAAGGUGUUGCUCAACUAGCCUGAAUACCACCCUCUCUGUGUCCCGCCCUAACAAAGAGGUAGUCCCUGCCUUUUUCUGGAGGUCCAGUCAAGCAUUCGCUGACAGAUUGGCUGGGGCGCUUACCAGUCCGGUCUUCAAAGAGACAAAGACGAUGGGGAGGGCGGCAGGGAGGGGAGGGAAGCCAGUGGUGAAGAAGAAUGACCUGCCAAAUGAGAAAGAAGACAUACUGAAAGGGACAGAGUGGGAGAAAGAAAAAACAUAUUGAACUGAUGGAGAAGUACAACCUUUUGACCAUCUGGCUCGGUGGGUGACAACAGCCUUCAUCUGUAUUUUUAGAGCCGUACAACACACCAAAUUACUCUGUCAGGAUGAUUAAGGAGAGUCAAAGGGCUGUCAAGAAAAAAAGAGCAAAACUGUCCCAGUAGGCUAUGAAUAGUGGAGAAAAUUUUGCUUGCUUAUGUCUAGAGCUCCAUCAUUUUAUUUUGACCAUAAAUACAAUACGAAAACCAUUCAGACUGUGUGAUGAACCAGAGUAGCAGCUUAGAACACUUCUUGUUUGUGUGUAAUAUAUUCUCAUUUCUGUUUAAACAUGGUUGAGUACAUCUCCAAUAUGAUUUCACUUUCCUAGUCCUUCUCCUCCUGAGGAGAAAUAUGCAAGAGACUCAACUCUGAAAACCCCUUUUUGCUGCAUUAAUUCCGUGAUUGCUUAAAUGAAACACUGCUAUUUUCUCACUCAGUGCUAAACAGGGAUCAGAUCUCCAUGACCAUGACUAAUCUCCUGCUGCGCUUUUUGUGUGUAUUAGCGUGCACCUAAUUUUUCAGGAUCUUUUUGCCAAUUUGGAAAACUAAUUGCUUUGACUCUGACUGGGCAAGCAGCGGAAUAUAAUGCAGUUUAAAGCUUCAUCUUUUAUGACCACAAAUCCCUCUACAGAUCCAGUCGUGUACAACAGUGGCUUGUUAAAAUGCAUAAGGGCAGGUUUGCGAGAGUGGUGGGUUUUUUCCCCUCAUUCUUUGCGUUUCCCCUCAUCCUUUUGCUGGUCAGUGAACCAAAGGACCCUGCACUCCCAGCAAUCUCCACCCACACUCCCAGUCAUCACACACUCCUGAGUAUUUCCCCACCAUGCUGGUCUCUUUAUUUACUUGCAAAUACCCCGAGAUGAAAUGUGUUGCUUUUGUGGUGCAUGCAGGAGCAUUUCCUUCCACUGCUCCCUAUCUACUGCUUCAUGUCUUUCACUUCUCAUUUCCCCAUCCCUUCCUUGCCGCCUCUUUGAUUUCCACCCCCCUCUUGCUGUAAUUUCACCCCCAUCCUGCUGUCAAUCUACCCCCCCAUGACUCCCCUUCUUCUUUCUCUACCUCUUCGCCAUCCACUGCUCCUUCCCAUGCCCAAGGUUGUAGAUGGCUGGAUAAUGCUGGAGCCGGAGGAGGCCGUCCCACUGAUUGUAAAGAGAGGGACAAUUGGUCCUUUAGUCUGAUUGAGUCCCCAGAUAGUCAACACCAGAGAUGAGAGUGUGCAGACAGCUAUGAGAGGCAGACAGCAGUGGUGACAGAGUAGAGGCAGCAAGAGAAGAUAUAUUUAUGUAUAGACAGAGAGAAAGGAAACUUUACAAAGAGGACAGUGAGAGAAAGCAUGGACUCAAGGUGACUUUAGGGAAACUGAUGCACUGCAGGCAGUAGCUUUCAGAACUUUUACAAGGGAAAUUUAGUGAGUGUGCAGGGAAAAGAAGAACAAAGAGAUAAAGAAGAAGAAUAACAAGCAUUUUUCAGAGAAGAAGGACUGAGAAAGAGGAAUAAAGUUGAAAAGGAAAAAGCAGCCAGAAAGGAAAGGAACCAAGAAACAACUAAACUUGUGAAGAAAUAGGAAAAGCCUUCUUAAAUACUUCUCCACCUUUAACAAUGGUAGGCGGAUUACAUCUUCCACCUGUUGCAAGCAUCUUGCUCCCUUUGGCCCUUGGUAUUUUGACCCUUCUGCCUCAGAACCUUCUGGGUAAGCCCACAGAGGAGGAAAAUGCAGGAAACUCAGUGCUGCUUCAGAGGGUGAAAAGAGGCUGGGUAUGGAACCAGUUCUUCGUCCUGGAGGAGUACACUGGACUGGAACCACUUUAUAUUGGAAAGCUCCACUCAGACAUGGAUAAAGGUGAUGGUUCCAUUAAGUACAUCCUGACAGGCGAGGGGGCAGGCACUACCUUCACCAUUGAUGACAGCACAGGGGACAUCCAUGCUAUCCAGAGGCUCGACCGGGAGGUGAAGGCCCAGUAUGUCCUUCGUGCCCAGGCCCGCAACCGCCUGACGGACAGGCCUCUGGAGCCUGAAUCAGAAUUUAUUGUUAAGAUCCAGGACAUCAAUGACAACGAGCCAAGGUUUUUGGAUGGGCCAUACCAGGCGUCUGUGCCUGAAAUGUCCAAAAUAGGAACAUCUGUUAUCCAGCUGACUGCCACAGAUGCCGAUGACCCCACAUAUGGUAACAGUGCUCGUGUGGUCUACAGCAUCCUGGAGGGCCAGCCUUACUUCUCAGUGGACGCCAAGACUGGCAUAGUCCGUGUGUCCCUGGCAGACAUGGACAGGGAGACCAAAGAAAACUACACCGUGGUCAUCCAAGCCAAGGACAUGGGCGGCCAGCUUGGAGGGCUUGCUGGGACCACCACUGUCGACAUCACUCUCAGUGACAUAAAUGACAACCCGCCAAUGUUUGACCAGAGGUUGUAUCAGAUGAGCGUCCCAGAGUCAGCUCCAGUAGGUUCAGUGGUCGGUCGCAUCUGGGCGAAGGACAGGGACAUCGGGGUCAAUGCUGAGAUGAGGUACAGCAUCAUUGAUGGAGAUGGAAGGGACACUUUUGACAUCAGCACCGACCCCACUAACCUUUUUGGCAUCAUCACCGUGAAAAAGCCACUGGACUUUGAGAGGAAACCCAGCUACACUCUGAAGGUGGAGGGCGCCAACACCCACGUGGACCCUGCUCUACGCCACCGUGGACCCUUCAAGGACGUCACUAUUGUGCAUGUGAGUGUGGAGGAUGUGGAUGAGCCCCCACUGUUCGACUCACCAGCGUACUACAUCGAAUUGCCAGAAGACGCCGAGAUUGGGAUGGUGGUGAAGACGGUGUCAGCGAGAGAUCCUGAUGCCGCCAACAACACUGUGAGGUAUUCCAUCGAGAGGUCCAGUGACCCUGACAAGUUCUUUUACAUCGAAAUCACUUCUGGGUCAAUCAUGACGGUGCGUUCACUGGACCGAGAGGAGAUCGGCUGGCACAACAUUACCGUCCUCGCCAUGGAGAUGAAUAACCCCACUCAGAUAGCCAGCGUGUCAGUGGCUGUGAAGAUCCUGGACGUGAACGACAAUCCUCCCUCACUGACACACUACUUGGAGGCUUAUGUGUGUGAAAACGCCAAGGCAGGGCAGCUGAUCCAGAAGGUGAUGGCAGUGGAUCCAGACGAGCCCCUGGGUGGGCAACACUUUUCCUACAGCUUGGCUCCAGAGGCUGCCAACAACCCCAACUUCACCCUGAGAGACAACCGAGACAACACAGCGUGGAUCGUGACACGUCGCGGAGGCUGGUCACAGCAUGACCAGACCGUCUUCUACUUGCCCAUUUUCAUCUCUGACGGCGAGCAGCCGGUCCAGACCAGCACCAGCACAAUGACCAUCCGUGUAUGCAGCUGCGACCAGGAGGGCAACGUCAUGUCAUGCAAUGCAGAGGCGUACAGUCUGCCUGCAAGCCUGAGCAGAGGAGCUCUCAUUGCCAUCCUGGCAUGUAUCUUUGUCCUGCUGGUGAUGAUUCUGCUCAUGCUGUCCCUGCGCACCCACCGGAAGAAGCCCUACCUGUGCGACGAGGAGGAGAAUGUCCAUGAGAACAUUGUGCGCUACGAUGAUGAAGGUGGCGGUGAGGAGGACACAGAGGCCUUUGACAUCGCCGCCAUGUGGAACCCGCGUGAGGCGCACCACCACCUGGGUAAGAUGAGACAGGACAUGCUGCCAGAGAUUGAGAGCCUGUCACGUUACGUCCCUCAGGCGUGCGUCAUGGGCGGGGGCGGCGACAGUAAUGUCCAUGGAUAUGUGCUGGCGAAACUCCUGGAGGCUGAUUUGGACCCGUGCGCCCCACCUUACGACUCCCUGCAGACCUACGCCUAUGAGGGAGAAGGUUCUGUCGCUGAGUCGCUCAGCUCACUCCAGUCGGGGACAUCCAAUACAGACCACGAGUACGACUAUCUCAACGACUGGGGACCUCGUUUCAAAAAAUUGGCUGAGAUGUAUGGUGUGCUGGAGACAAACAGUCCUCCAAUGUGGUAGAAUACCAGAACCUUUGCCUUUUUAAUUUGAGAUCAGUUUCACCAACAAAAAGAAAAAGAGAGACAAAAACAUCAGAGCCAUGACAAGGAACACACAAUAAAGCCAGGAUGUGCUCAUGUUCACAUCCAUGACUGCUAGCACUUGAAUUCCUGCCGAAGCCUCGAUUCUCCACAGCCUUGAAGGCCCCAGAUGCCCACAGCAGCAGUGUGAGCUGGUUUUAAAUCUCCCCCCAGAGACGAGCUGGAUUGGCAGCCUUGCAAGGCCCGCAAAGGAAUGGCUUCAAAGCACAUGUUAACUCCCCCGCCUGCCCCAGCACCAGGCAGAGCCCCUUUGGUUCAAAGUGUUCAGCGAUUUAUGCCAGAGAUGAAAACGAGAGAGAGAGACUACCUUACUCACAGCACCACGGGAGACAAACUCUGAAAUGCUGAUCCACUGUUCUGAGUUUGUGCUUUUAAACGACCCAAGCCACAACACUGAAGGAAAACUGAAAAUGAAAAGUCAUUGCUGCAAUCAGAGAUAAAUUCUCUUUUGUUUCAUCUGUGGCAAGUCUUAAUUUAUUUCUUUGUUUCAUGUGCUGUAUUUAUAUUUUUUUCUAACUUAUUUGGGUACUUCAAACCAACACUGUACUUAAACUGCCGCUAUGUUAGGGAAUCUAAAAGAUCACAUAUAUGUUGUAACCCACAUGGUGUAGCUGCCCUUGUUUUCAGUCUGUGUGAGAAAAGUUUUCCAUGCAUCGCUAAAUGCAAAGGAGAUGGCAAUGUGUAAUCCCAUUUGGGUUUUCCAGGCUGAUGUGUUUAUUGUAUUAUUGUUUUUGUAUCAUUUAUGAACUAUUUGUAUUGUAAGUCUGUUUUUUCCCAAAAAACAUGAAGCAGUUAUACAUUUAUAAGGAUUUGAGGGAAGCCAUUUUUGAACAUCUUUUCAUGGAACUGGAUCAAUUCCAGCAGAUGGUUAAAUGUUACUCAAGAUGUGUGGCACAGGUAUGCACAUUAUCCCUGUACCUGGACAAGCACAUGACCAAGCCGCCUUUCAGUUUUGGAUCCACCACCGUGCCAAACAGAGUCUGACGGCAAUGAGGCUUGAUCUGUCCUGAUAGAGAUACUGGGUUGCUUUUCUGCCACCACAUAAAUGUGGCUUAAUCCUCCAAUCCUGUGGACUGAUAAUCUUAUUAAGUGCCAAAUGUAAAAAGGACAAAAAAAGGAUGUUUUGGAUGAAAAAAAAACUGCAAAACACAAACAUCACAAGGUAAAAUAAGGAUUUUACAAACUGUGAGAGAAGUGAUGGUACAUUUUGAUAAUUUGAUUGGGUAAAAUUUACUUGAAAUCUAUGUGGUCAGUCAUGCUACAGUAAGUGGUAUGUGAAUGUAGAUAUUUUUUGUAUUCUUGGUAAUAAAAAGGAGAAAAA